GAGCUGCAAGCGGGACUCUGCACCCGUUUUGCAACAAAAGCAGCAGCGAUCCGGAUUCCUGACCCGGCGAACACAGCGCUCAGCUGGCGGGGAGGGGAAAAGAGAGGAGGAGGAGGAGGAGGGAGGCUCCCCCUGGUCCGCAAGCGAAGCCACGCAGCCGCUCCACGCCGGCCUCCUCUUGCAACGGAGAGAGCGGCUGACUUGCGGCGCCCGGGGCUCCGUCCCAGCCCGAGCGCCGCCCGCUCGCCAGACGCCCCGCUGCAGGCGGGCCAAGUUGGAGCGGGUCCCUCCUGCGCCCGGUGGGGGGUGCGCCUGCCCGCCCGAGCCCAGCCCAGCCCAGCCCCGCUCGCCCCCCGCCCUGCCUCCCUCCCUCCGCCCCGCGCAAGGCCUGCCUUCUUGCGACUCGGGCGCCCCUGCCUCCCUCGCGCGCCUCGUCCCGCCCCCUCCGCCGCUCCACCACGCGUCCGCCGCGGCGCGCCCCUCCCCUCCGUCCGCGGUGCCGGCAGCUCUGCUCUGCUUGUCCCUCUCCGGCGGAGGCUGCUGCGGCUGCCCGGUCCCCUGCCCACGCCGCCGCCGCCGCCGCCACCGCCUCGCAGCGUGCAGGAGCCAGACGACUCCAGCCCGGAGCCGCCGCCGCCGCCGCCAGAGCCUUUGCUGCGCGCCGUGCGCCCCGCCGCCGCCGCCGCCGCCGAGAUGGCCGAGAAGCCCCCGCGCCUCCUCGCCCUCCUGCUCGCCCUCGCCUUCGCCGUCCUGAGUGGGAGAGGAUACGCCGAUGACUUUGACUUCAGUUUAGAAGACGCGCUGGAUGAUAACCUCCCAACAAAGCGACCUACUCACAAGCCUCCCAAGAAGCCUUCCAGUGGAACAACAGGUGACUUGGAUUUGGCUGACUUCUUUGACACCCCACCGGAGACAACGACAAAACCAGCAAAGGCAACCACCGGUCCUUACCCUCGGAAACCAGACGAUGGCCGCUGGUACACCACCACCACCAAGCAGCCCAAAGCCACCAAAAAGACUCCAGCCAAAGACCGAAUGGAUUUUGACUUGGCCGAUGCCUUGGAUGACAGAAACGACGGGCAAGGUGGAGGAACCCCUCACGUAAACCCUGGCGGAGGCUCGAAAGGUAGAGGUGGAAGAGGUGGAAAACCUGGAAUUUCAGAUGAUGACCUGGCUGGAAUUCUUGAUGACGGAGGCUACCAGCCAGAUAAGAAGAAAGGGGGUAGUGCUGGUGGAGGUGGUGGUGACAGCAAUUACAAUGAUGGUGCCCUAGUGGAGACAGGGACGAUCGCCGGCAUUGUCAGUGGCCUGGCCAUGGCUCUGAUUGGUGCUGUCAGCAGUUACAUCUCCUACCAGCAAAAGAAGUUCUGCUUCAGCAUACAACAGGGUCUGAACGCAGAGUACGUGAAAGGAGAAAACAUGGAAGCGGUGGUGACCGAAGAACCGCAAGUGAAAUAUUCCGUCCUGGAGCCACAGUCGGCAGAACCGCCUCCGCCACAAGAGAACGCAAAAGUUUGAAAAUGCUGGGGCUGGAAGAGAAUUGGUCAACGGCAAACACACACACAUACACACACGCGCUUCUCACAUGCUUGUAAUUUAGCUUUUUACAAACGUUUUGAUUUGGACCCAAAGCUAUUUAAAUGUGCGUUCUGGCUAGAAGAGGCUUCUUGUUGUGGUAGGCUGUAGGCUGGUUGAGAUGUUUUUCUUUCCUUUUUUGGUGAAGAGUUGUAGGUUUACAUUGACUUAGUCACGUAGGAGUUUUGUCAGGUUGAUUACAAAAUACAAGGGUGCUUCAAGUGGUGUUUCAUAUUAGCUGUAGGGAUUUUCAUGAACGGGGGAAUUUUUUAAAAAGCAGCGGGUAGUGACUGCAGGUGUGAGAACAAAUGAAGUGCCUGUAAGUUAACAAUCCAAAGCAAACCAUGUAAAAAACCUUUUGUAAAAUGGCUUUCAGUUGAAUCCAGCUGUGGGCCAGGAACAUGCAGCUUCCACUGACGAGUGAAGCUCCAUGGGUCUUGGAGGGGGGGGCGGCGUCCAGCCCUUGGAGUAGCUACACCUCAAGAUAUAAACAAGUGCCUGUGGGGUAGGUCUUCAUUUGACAGAGGACAGCAAGUGAACAUUACCCCAUGCAACUGGGCUUCAGGACAGCUAGGAACCUGAUUUUUUUGCUAUCAGAACCCUAUGCAGGUAGAUGUUGUUCAUGCAGUGUUUCCUAGUAAUAAAAUAAUAAUAAUAAUAAUAUAAUCCAGGGAUGUUUCAGAGGUCAGAACUGAGCUGUACCCUAACUCGAUAAGCUUUCAGUCUGGCCACAGUAAAGAAAGCUCCUCCCCCCCCCCCCGCAAUGCUAUUGAAAUGAAAAAGUAAGUUCCGUAGAUUUGGCCAGAUGGCGUGGGUUCGAGAUUGCAUUCUCUCUUGCUUCUGCUUUAGGGCUAGGAUGCUGUGGUACAGCUGUUGGCUUGAACACCCUUCUCCUCCACGCUUGCCCCACUGAGAGUCUCUCGAGUGACAGGCAGGCAGCCAGAGACCUGUGGAACUCAGCUAACUGCAUUGGCUGACUCCACCUAGAGGAGCAAGGUGUUUUCAUUUCUUUUUACUGACCCCCAUGAUGGCUGCUACGGUCCCGUCUUGCUGCUUCAGAUCAUGACUAGACGUAACAAGGUUGAACCCCACUUUAAGAUCAGGAGACGGUACUACAUGCACACGGACAAAAAUCUGACCCCACGUGGAUUUGUGCACUAAACUUAACCACCCAUUUUCCAUCACUGUAGCAAGGAAUACCCGCUUGCAUCUUAAAAUCACAGAUUACUAGUUAGUCAUUAGGAAGGUACUAAAAAAAAAGCAAACAUAUCUAUAAACAUAAUAUAACAUAAACAUAUUGCAAGAUAGUGAAAAGAACUGUGCAGAUAAAGCACAAAUUUUCAUCUGUUUAUAAACUUAAAUCUUCUAACUUCUAUUUUUACUGGUGUGGGGAGGAAGAGCUUGCUUAUAGACGUUUGUACGGGGGUCUGGAAAUCUCUGCUCUAGCAAGAGCGACACGCAGAAGCCGUCUGUCCACUCUGCACAGCUGGAAACUGGCUGGAUGGAGCCACCCGUGUGAUUCAAGCUAGACUGGGGCCCAGGGGUACAGCUCAAAGAGAACAUUUUCCUCUGACACCCCCAAUGUAUGCAUAUUUCCUUAGAAGCCAGCCCCACUGACUUCAGUGGAUCUUGCUUCUGUGCCAAGGUGCUUAGAUUUGUAGCUUAGGUGUUUUGACAACAGCCGUGCAAAUUCCUUCUGCUCUGUUUUUGUGUCCUAACUUGCGUCUCAAAAGUCUUACAGUAGCUUUAAAAUAAGAGACACACAUCUUUUGAAUGUAUUUAGCUUUCAUGACAAUAAGAAAUUUUCUCCCGAAGUUCUCAUUUUUAUGGUUGGCUUCUAUGGGACUAAAACAGGGAAAGUCAAAGAAGGAAUGCAGAUUUACUUGCUUAUUGAAGGGGACUUCAUACGUUGGUCAUCAGAAUGGAGGCUGGUUUAAAAAGCACUUCUGCAUGGCAGUACUUUGUGGCAUGGAGAGCCUUCACCAGGGGAGGUCAAGCCACCCAGAAAGCAGCAUUCAAAUGUUAGAGCCAUCACAUGGAAAGGAGUUCUGGUGGCUUCCGUAUUUUGAGGCUGCCCUUAGAGACUGUAGAGUAGGUUUUUUAGGAAGGUUGUGGUUUGCAGCUUUUGCAGAGCACAAAUAAACCCAAUGCUAACAAUACCACGCAGCUGAAUUUACAUAAUGGGACAUUUCCAAUGAUUGUAGCAUUUUGUUUUCUUUUCAUUUUUUUUAGUCAAGUACAUAAAAAAUUAGAGUAGCAUAAGCUAGUGCAUCUUUAGAUAAAUAGUGAGGGAAUAUUAAAUGUUACUGUGACACUAGUACUUGCACUAGAGUCAUUUUCUCAGAUAUAAAGUGAAGAUAAUUUUUUUUUUUUUUGCCAAUGGGAAAUGUUUCUGUAGAUGUAAGUUGUCAAUUUUGUUGUAUUUCUAUUACUGCACUGUCCAACCACUGAUCUGAAUCUUGACGUACAGUGCAUCUGAGUGUCAAAAAUAACUCACUACUAACCACUUAGACAUUUGAGAUGUGUAUGUAUUGCAGUUCUUUAAAAAUAAAACAGUAGCUCCACUAAGAAAAAAAAAUACCAGAUAUCGCAGAAAAUGAACCUUUAAAACUAUUUCCUUCCCCAAUGCCUUUUUAUAUGAAUUUGGUAAAUGGUUAUGCCUUAAUGUAAACUGGUCGAGCUAGCCCAGUAUUGUCGACACUGACUGACAUUCUGAUUUCUAAGGCAGAGAUCUUUCCCAAGGCCCGCUCUCUGCAAAACCUUUUGGCAGGAGAUGCCAGGAAUCGAACCCGGGCCCUGCAAAGCAUGUGCUCUACCCUUGAACUGUAACCCCUCUCCCCCACCCCCCAAUAGGGACCGUAUUUCCAUUGUCUGUACAUAGCUGACAAUAUGUUUGGCUUUUUUCUCUGUAGCCGUGCCAACUGUGUAGUGCUACACCUCCAAAAGGGAUCCAUUUCUGUUUUUCUACUCUCGCUCUUUUUGUAAUUCAUAAUUAAAACUCUCUGUGCACUGAAACGCCACAUAAAUAAGCUCAGCCAGAUGUUCCAGAAUAGGUCAAGUGACAUGCAUCAGGCCAAAGAUACAGCAGGCCCCUUUUUGUGCCCUGAAUUUACACACAACACAUAUUCUUGCAAGUAAAGAGAAGACGCUUAAAUAGAGAACAGGAAAACGGCUUCCUGCAUUUUAUGACAUUAUGGGAAUGCUGGUAGGGAACUAGCCACAGUACGUGGUUAAGAGGUAGCUUGCUUUAUGCCUCCCUCUUCUUUUAACUUGCAUCUUUCUUUGGCUAGAUGUUCAAGGCCACUGCAUCAACAGUCUCCUACAGCCAAUAGCAAAUAUAUUCUCAUUUCAUUGGCUCGUUUGUUGUAUGAAUUGGUACUUGUCCAAGAACCAUACAUGACUUUAGAAACGGAAAAGGGAACUAAAACAAUAAAAGUAAAUGAGAAAAUGCAGGAGAAUCCAGACAGCAGAUAAAGAGAGUAGAUUGUGUCCCAAAACAUGCCCAGCUUUUAUUUAAGUAACACAUACCUUUUGCUUAUACAGAAAUGAUCUGUCCCAGAUGAAAACUGCAUUAUGCUGUCAAAAGGCAGACUCAUUUUGCUAAAGUGCAUAUAAGAACUACGGGGGAGGGAAAUCUGGACUUGGUUGCUGAACUACAAACUGGAAAAUAAAUUAAAGACCGACUUGUACAACAA